ACACUCACACCAUAUUGCUUAGCCAGCCAUAAUCGUGGCAAGGAUGAGAAGUAGUUUGAGAAAGGAAACACUUGAAGCGGUCUGGAAUCAAACCCUCAUCAACACCGUCUCGCGAAACCAAUAAACGCACUAUUCAGCGCAGCGGACCUAUGUGAGAACACCCGCCUCAUUCCACCGGUGUUUCGUGACAGAGUCGGAAUGUUCUUGUGUGCACACUUUGCAGGCGGCGUCGAUUAACGGCAACGUUAAGGAGCAACACAGAGGGGGGAAACAUUCAUGGCGCACGUUAUUCUGAGCGCUAUAAAAAAUAUAUGAGGGACUUAGGCAAAGGUUAUCUCACCUGGAAUACUUUCUCAGUACAUAACGUUUACGCGCAAAUAAAGUUGUGCACGAUCAGGUAAAAAUCGAUGCUUACUCUAUAGUAGCUACGAACAUGGAAACAACCGGGGUAGGUGAGAGAAAAUCCCUGAAAGAAAUUAGUGACUGUAACUGUUGUUUUGUUGCCAAAAGACGAGACUAUAAUCAAUAGAGGAGUGCUGCAACAGUUUGUGGAAAUAAUUUCCCAGCCAUCAUCGUCGCUCAGGGCUGAGUAAGAUGCGAGACUGCCGUGAGGAUCAACAGAAUUCAGCUCAGGAUGUAACAUCAGUGUGUUGAUUUCUUUUCAGAGGCACAUCGCUUGAUAACUGAACACUUCAUAACUGCCAGUGGAUUCCAAGAUCAACCCUGCAAAAAUUGUGAGGAAACAGCCAUGUCCACACCAUGGGAUUUUAAACCAUUUCACCAAGAGCAAACGAUUCUCAAUGAAAACUGGGCUUAUCUUAAAGGCAUAUCUGCUGCGUGAAUCUUAAGAAACUGGAAAGAGACUGGAAGGUUUACAUAGUCACUCUCCUUGGAAACAUUGUAAAGACAAUCAGCCCUUUACAUCUUUACUGCCAUCAGUUUUUUUUGUGUGUGUGUGUGUGUGUUUGUCUGUGUCAUCAGUUUAUUGAACAUUUUCACCUAAAAUACGUGAAGAAGGGCAUACAUACAUAUCUGAUUUCUGUCAACUAUUUUAAAUUUGCAUACCGGAUUAUUCAUUUGGUCUUUCUUUACAUGCUUUACAUGAUUUUAGUUCAGUUAUAUAGAGGUUCGCAGGCAGAGAUACUGAACAAACUCAAAAUGAUUCCUCAUCACACUGCCCUCAAACACUCAAUGGAGUUCACCAUUCUGAGUAGUCCUGUUAACACGUAAACAAGAUUAGUUUCGGAGGUUGUUGUUUUUUUCACCAAGUGUAUGGAAAUUGUUUAUACUAGUUAAUAAUAGUAAACAUUCAGGGAGUAUAACAGGUCAGGGAAAUCUGCUUAAAGACUAAGUGCCAUUGCUGAAUGUAAGGAGUGCCCAAAUAAAAAAAAAAAAUUGUGAAGACAAGCAAAACUUUAGUUUACAUUUUAAAGAUGUCUACAGUUGCCCCUUUCUCUUAAGUGAAACUUUCAUCCUGAUAAGUGCCAAAACAGAGAACUAAACCUAAAUACUUCUAAUGUACACAGUUAUACUACUACUUAAAUGCCUUUGUGUCAUGAAAAUACUAGAUUUUGAAGUAAUAGGAGGACAGUAACGAGAAGCCAUUUUGUUUGUCUGCGUAUAUGUGAAAAUGUUUACUUUUGAAGAAAGCCACAAAAGGGAAUAUUUGCCUUGUUAAUGCAUUCAGAACAGACAAUUUGUUAAAUAUUCUUUCAUGUCCUGUUUAUACAAUAACUAGCCAAUUGUACGUUGCCUGCUCUGAAUAUUGUCAGCGUUUGGAUUGUUUUGCAUAUUGUUCAGGUUUUCCAGCAAUAUGCUGGAUGGAAACUCUGCAUGAUGAGAGAAUACAUGUUGUGUAACUCACCUUGAAGCUAAAAGCACAUCAGAAUAGUUUUGUUGUGAUCCUUCACAUCGUACACUUUUAUCAGACUUUGAGAGCAGAUUUGUCUUUCAAGACUGUUUUGAUAUAGACGUCGGAGGGCUGCUACAAGAAUAUUUUCCAUACAGCACUAAGCAGGCUGUUAUUACAAAAUUCGGCAUUGUGCGGUGGGUUGAGUCAGCGAGAGAAAAUAGCAGCAUUAGUCAUGUAAAGAUGAUGCCCACCUUGGAAGCUCGAGUACGUGUCAUUAUUCUCUUCCUGCUAAUCGCUGUCCCACUUAACGUUUCCUCGGCGAGCGUCCCGGGCCCCUCCAGAAACGUAACAAAUGGGCCCAUCACCAUCACCCCGACGCCCAGCCCCAAAUCUCAAGGUAGGGGCUUUCUUUACCCCCUUUCUAAAAGCGGAAGGAGUAUGCGAGGGAAGUCCAUGAAUCGUCGGCCAAAGCAGCCAGCUGGAGUGGCAGAAAUGCCCCUCCGGCCGCUGCCUCAGAUAAUGCUGCCAAAGAAUGUAACGACUGAUGCACUGAAGGCCCCUUUCGGAGCAGCAAAGGUAGCUCCGCCUCCUCGCAAACUGGUGGAAGUUGACGUGUGUCGAGGUUAUUAUGAUGUCAUGGGGCAGUAUGACCUCACCUUUAACUGCUCCAAGGAUGACUUCAUCUACUGCUGCGGGACCUGCCAUUAUCGAUUUUGUUGUCCGGACCGCACUCGAAGGCUGGACCAGAACAUCUGCCACAACUACCAUUCUCCUGUGUGGGCCAAUACAGCCCCCCCAGCGACCAGGCCCCCUCUGCCCGCUUAUCCGGACCUCAGCCGCAUCGAACAGAGCAACAACACCGUCUACGUCAUCGGUGGAGUCAUCUCGUUUACCGUGGCAGUGGCAGUCGCCAUUAAAGUGGCAUUCCACAAGGCAUCACGGCAGCCUAGGAACCGAGAACUCAACAUGCCAAGGGCUCUUGUGGAAAUGUUGCGUCACCAGUCGAGUCCAGUUCAAGAGGGAGAGAGAAACAACAGCGUAGCCUUGGGAACUGGAGGAGGAGAGGGGACACUUGGACGACCCCCGAAAAAUCUUUAUCCCACACUACAGAGUAAAGAUAACAGACUGGGGAAUAUACAGCAUAACUUCAUCCAUACCACAGGCUCCAGUCCCAAACAUACAGCCACCAUCGAGCGUGGAUCACGUAUGAACAACAUGCAGAUGGCCACUGGUGGCACAUUGAAGCCCAAUAAGCAUACUAACGCCAUGAAGCCCCAGCCGUCCUUCCAUCACUCCCUACAUAACCUGGCACAGCUGCCACCCUCGUAUGAAGCCGCCAUGAAGCCUGAGAUCAACAGAUACUCCUCUCUCAAGCGUCUGGAGAAAGGAGGAUUGGAGGAAUAUUCAGGUUACUGUACCACCAAACGGAGGCCCAACAACGCCCCUCCCUCCUUUCAUUCCUCCCAGCAUCACCUUCCCUGGGGUGGCGACUACACGCUGGGGGGAAGAGGCACGCUUCCCAACCGCGCCACUCGUCCUCGAAUACCUCACCCGCAGUCUGCCCCAAGCCACACCCCGAAUCCUUACCCUCUGGAACCCCCGGAAUCCAAGCAAAAUCAGAAUUACGAUACGCUUUCCAAACCGCCACGUCGCGUCAAGUCAACGGACCAGCUCCUUGCCCUUGCCGACGGCAGCACCUUAUCGAGGCUCUCGAAGAACCAGCAGCAUCAAUACUACAAAGCCAUGGCCACUGCAUCAAAGAACUCCAAUAACCAGAACACCCUGAAGAAGUCCAAGGAGAGGCUGCUGAUGUCACCAGACCAUCUACAGGAGGAGAUAGGCGGGGAUGAGUAUGGCGGAAGCGGGAUGGGUUUGGGAAUGGGUGACUACACGGGCGGAGGGGGAGGCGGAAUGGUGCCCACCCUGCCCCGCGUCAGCCACCAGAAAGCUCAAUCGCAGCAGAACGUCUGUGCCACGCCAUCACUCGACCGUCACCACAUGAUCAAGAUGAACUCGCACCCGACGUCGGGCCGAGAGCAGGAGCGGAAUUCGGCUGCGAUGUCAGGUCACCUGGGAGGAGGCGGGGGUGGGGGAGUGGCAUGGGGCGACAUGCCAGGAACAGGAGUUGUCAUGGGAACAGGGACUCUUGGUGGACACAGUGCCAGGAGGCUUGCAUUUGCAGCUAAAAGGCAAAAUACCAUUGAACAACUUCACUUCAUCCCCGGUGGGGGGGGAAGUGGAGGAGGAGUGGCAUCCAACCAAGGGGUUAGAACAGGAAGCAAGAAUGAGGUUACUGUUUGAGCAAGAGGCUGGAGAGGGUAAGGCGGGAAUGGAGAAGAAGAUGGGUGAGAGAUAGACUGUGUGAAGAGUUGGAGGAUGGUAAAGGGACUGUGGGAGAGAGAGAGAGAGAGUGGGCGGAAGAGGGAGAGAAAUAACGAGAGAAGAGAGAAAAGGAGUAGGAGGAUGGUAAAGGAAUAAGAGAAACAGAUUUUCAAGGGGGCCACAAAGUGGGAGAAACUACGCAGAGAGCGAAGUGGCACUUUUUUUUUACAUAUACAUAUUGUAUAUAGUGGCAAAUUCACAACAUAAGAUUAGAUAACAACAGUUAUAAGUCAGGUUUGAUAGAGCUUCAAAGUUUUUGUGCUUUUUACGUUCAUGAAAUUGCCGCUAUAAUUACGAUCAAAGCUGCCAUAUACAACUAUUUAUUUGUGUACAUUUUGCCUAUAAAUCUACCGCAUAGAAUAUCAAUAGAGUGUAAUAUAAAUUCCACAUGAUGUGUACAUUUUUUUCAAAUCUUUAUGUCAUGUUUUUAUCCUCAAAUAUCUUACAUUAUUACACAUUACAGAUAUAGCUGCUAUGGAGCCAUAUAUUUCAGAGAAUGGCUUUUAUCGUAUAACUAUGAUAGAACUACUGGAAGACUAAUAAUUAACAUCUGCAUAAGAGGAACCAGUUGAACGUGGAGCGCUCAUCCAAACUUAUGAACUGCAAAGCUAGUUACAUUUGGACCUACGUAAUGCUGGAUCUUGCCUCUUUUUAAACCCUAAUCCACUUCUUCGUGAUGAGGAAGUGCGGCAGGGUUUUUACAAGUCAAAAGGAAUUAUGACAUUAAACAAUUGGAGGAGCAUAUCCAAAAACUCUGAAGAAUUCGAUGAACUCAUUUGAUGAAUUAAUUUUGAAUACCGUAAGAACGUAAGCCUUACCAUACAUUGUUACAUCUGCAUCUUAUUCAGUGUGAAUUUAAAAUGGAUGUACCAAGUGAGUUCUUUUCAAUCUGUUUAGGUGGAAUCCUGAAAAUAGCACACGAGAAGUUUCCUCAAGUUUGCCCUUCAGUACAUCACUGGAGAUCGCUUUGAACUAUCGAUGAAAGCCAUUCUGGGACACAAUUGGGCAGAAAAGCCCAGAUGAAAACCAAGAGAAAUGUCUGACAAUCAUCUUUUUUCUCCAUCUUAAAAAGACUCAUUAAUGAUCAAUGGCACUUUGUUUGGAUUCUGAGCCACCACUUUCUACAAUGUCCAAGUGCUGGGAUUUGCAAGGGAGAUUCAUCAUAAGGGACGCUGGACUACCAAAAGCACAAGAAUACAUUUGAUUUAUGUAAUGCUGGGUACUUACACAUAUAUGCUCCUUUUAGGUAUACUGUGUAGACAAACGGUUCACCUUAAGCUAUUAAAUAUGGAUCUGAGAUGAAGGCGACGACUCAAGACAGAGUAAGGGCACUCAUCAAUGUAUUUGUAUGUUAUGAUAUUCUGGCAUAAAAUUAGUGCAUAAAAUGGCGGUACCAUUAUCUCGCUCAGGUGUUGGUUGGCAUUUGCAUAAAGACAAACCUCCUGGACCACUUUUCGAAUCUCCAUGUUGAAGCCAUGUGUAUAUGCUGUUAAAACUGAGACUCUGCGAACAGUCUUGAGGAUACAGGCAUGCCAAAACAGCUAACCUGUAUUUUUCGAAUCUGCUGUUACCGAGAUAUGACCAUGAUACGUCAUACCUAAUAUCUUCAUAACCAAUAACGCUUAUCAAUAUUAAGGGCUAUACAACACACAUGCGUUAGUGGUACAGCUGUUACCCACAGCUUAAUCAUUGCUCAAUGAUAAAAAUCUCAUUAUUUACCAAAAAAAGAUAUUAAAAUAGUAAGUAAAUAUUACAAUGAAAAAUGUAAAGUGAGAUUGUUCGCAGAAGAGCCAGAUAUAAUUAAUUACUGUAUGGUUCUGACCUCUGAGAAAUAGAGCUCAUUUAACCAAUGAAAACUGAUCAAUUUACAUUGUAAAACCACCUACUGGUCGUUUUUUUAUUGUUUUUGUCAUAGACUUUUAACCUCUUGGUUAAUUUUCAGUGUAAUGAAACUGAACAGUAUGAGUUACGGACUAUUUGAAUAUUUAUGCCUCCCAGUAAAAGUGUUAAGGAGUAGUUUAUAUCACAUCAGCAUCAGGAUUGGUGGUAACACAUUCAUUUAACUCUUCACUGGAAAUAGUGUGUAUCUUAAAGAAUUAUGAAUACAACUUAAAGACAAUCUUCCUAACAGCUCUGUAAUACAUUGGUGUUCGUUAUUGUCAUUACUAUGACAGUUAAUAUUAUGGUUAUUGGUGAAAUUUCUUCUUGUUGUUAUGGUUAUCUUAUGAUUAUGAUGGUGAUUUUUUUCCUCUGUGGUUUUAGUGUUUACUUGUUUUAGAUAUCUUUCUCAUGAAAUUCUUUUGAAAUUAUGAGUAGAAAAUAGAAGCACAAACAUCAAAGCCACUCAUUGUUCGCCAAUUCUUCAUGCAUUCCUGAUGAUGAGGAGUGCCUUCGAAAAUUUCUCAGUGUGAUGUCACAUUGUAAUUGUUCUAAGCCUGCAAAUGUCAUUACUUGUUGCAGAGACAUCACAAUGGGUUUAUAAAUGAUGUCAUAGGAUGUAUGUUGUAUGUGUGUAACCGAAUGUCUUUUUGUUAAGUGAAAUUUCAACUUUUUAAUGUUUCUUUCAGGGACAAUUAGAACAGAUGAAUCAAUUUAGUAUUUUCUUUGCCAUAAAAAGUCUGUAGCAAUGUCUGUUUUGUAUCCACAAGCCAUAAUUAUGAAAAUGUUUAUGAAAUUUAUUCACAAGGCAUAUUACUGCAGAAAAUAACAAACAUUGGAUGUGCAAAUAAAGCCCUGAAGCAUUUGAUGGUAGCUUACAAUGGAAUGAGCAUUGGUUGCACAAGCAAAGCGGGACAGUGAAGACUGAAACCCUUUGGGGAAACCAGCACUGAGUUCAUGUCUUGAAAUGUUUAAGCACAAACAUACAGUGAAUGUUUGGGUAAAUCACUUCAAAUCAAACAUCAUCAUUAUUAUUAUGUAACUAUUAAAACAAAUGCCCUGAAGUAAUAACAUAUAGGAUACACUGCAUUCUCAACUUGAUUUCCAUACAGGUUAAAUUUCACCUUUGUAAAAUAAAGUCAAAUGAUGAAACUGUUGCCUCGAAUGUCUGAUGACACAAGUCAAAAGAAAAACAGAACGUUUAAAUUAUUCCUGAUGUCAGCAUUUAUUACACAAUGUUUACAAACUUAUUUUCCAUGAAGCAUCAGACUGGAUAUAAGCAAUUCCAAGGCAGCCAUUUUGAUAAGGACCAGCCUUUGAAUUUGAGCAGCCAGGAUGUAAUAAAAUGGCCACUGCAAGAGCUUUUAAGGUACAAACAAGCGGCUAAAGAAAUAAUAGAAUAUAUGAAUAACGAAUUCAGAACAUUAUAUCGGGUAAUAUAUUCACCGAGUUGUAAUUCGAAUUUACCUAAUAUUUUACGAGCUGGCUAACAUGCCAAAUUUGACUGCGCAACAACACCGAAAAUUCUUACUUGAAAGCUACCCGCAAAUAUCAUACAGCUAAUGGGCAGACAAAUGAUAUCGCUUUAAGUAGCUCCUAUUAUUAAAGACGCUGAUAUAAUGUGUGCGCUAGUUUCAGACACAGUAACUUACAGCCUCCACUACAAAUACAACACAUAGCGGACUGCAGACGGGGAACGUUAGGCGGAAGUGUUCCAAGGUCCGGAAACGACUAAUGUUAAAAUAACACACGUCACUCGUUCCUCUCUAAAACACCAACACAAACUGUGCAAAAUAUUUUAGCCGACAAAAAAAGGAAACACAAAAUAAUACAUUUAUUCGGUCUUCAUACCGUUUAAUGCAUUUAUCACAGGAUAUAAGAACGAUAAGUGCAUCUGUUUUAGAUUAUAAGGGACUCUCGGUCUCAUGCUAUCGCACCACGGUUGCAUUGGUAACAGAGUCUGCUAACUAGCUGUAGCUAGAAGGCUAACCACUGGAAAACAGCGCAGAGCAGCUGGGGUACAUGAACGGGGGGGCAGGGUGGGAGAGAGUAUAGCAGGCCCCGUUCAUCUUGACCAGGCUAAAAGAUGGAUGCGUAGUGAGAAGAGGAGUGGCAGAAAGAACAUUUUCACAGCCCCCAAGAAAGGGUACUGGAGGAUUUUGCUUCCAACUAUGGAAAAAAAAAGAAACGUAUACUAAUUAAAACUUGGAAACAGAGAUGCAAGCCACAUAUGGA